GCCGCUCUCUAUGGUCAGGGCCGCCUCCGUUGCUAGAGGCAGAGGAUUUGUUUACUUCCGGCUGCGAGAGGCUCCUCCCCUUUCCCGCCUGCGUGCCAUGGGGGAGGCCGAGGAGAAGGUGCCCGAAUCAGGUGCUGUAUUCACGUUUGGAAAAUGCAAAUUUGCAGAAAACGUGCCUAGCAAGUUCUGGUUUAAAAACGACAAGCCUUUGCACAUAUCCUGUGGAGAUGAACACACUUCUGUUGUCACAGAAAAUGGUAAGCUUUAUAUGUUCGGAAGCAACAACUGGGGACAACUAGGAUUUGGGACUAAGAAUUCCGUCAACAAGCCAACUUGUGUGAAAGCUUUAAAACCAGAAAAAGUAAAACUAGCUGCUUGUGGAAGAAAUCACACUUUGAUUUGUACAGAACAAGGAAAUGUAUAUGCUGCUGGAGGUAACAGUGAAGGGCAGUUGGGAUUAGGUGACACAGAGGAACGAAGCACAUUUCAUCUAAUUAGUUUUUUUACCAACCAGCACAAGAUCAAACAGCUGGCAGCUGGAUCCUACACCUCAGCAGUGCUAACUGAGGAUGGACAACUUCUUAUGUGGGGAGACAAUUCUGAAGGACAAAUUGGCUUGAGUGAUGAAGCGAAUGUGUCUGUUCCUCAUCAAGUGGACGUUGGAAAACCAGUCUCCUGGAUCUCUUGUGGGUAUUACCACUCUGCCUUAAUAACACGAGAUGGGGAACUUUAUACUUUUGGGGAGCCUGACAAUGGGAAGCUAGGUUUGUCAGCAGGGCAACUACAAAACCACAAAGUUCCUCAACUCGUUUCUGGAAUUUCUGGUAAAGUCAAUAAAGUUGCAUGUGGAGGAGGACAUACAGUAGCACUUGCAGAAGGAGAUGUCUAUACAUUUGGCCUUGGCCAGUAUGGACAGCUUGGACAUGGCACAUUUGUUUUUGAAACCUCAGAACCAAAAACUGUGGAUCAUUUGGGAAAGCAUAAAAUUUGUAAUAUUGCAUGCGGGGAAAAUCAUACAGCUUUAAUAACAGAGAAUGGCCUCAUGUAUUCCUUUGGAGAUGGACGGCAUGGCAAGUUAGGACUUGGGGAAGAAAAUUACACAAAUCAAUUUGUACCUACCUUAUGCUCCAAUUUUUUGAGGUUUAUUGUACAUUCGGUGGCCUGUGGUGGUUGUCAUAUGCUUGUUUUUGCCUCACCAAGGCAUAAAGAAUCAGAUAAAGGACAUGUGGCAGACCAAAAUGAACACAGCUUAUCUAAAAUAUUCACUGAAAUAGGUGAAGAUGCAUUAGAAAUAGAGACAUUUCAUCGAACGUUAUCAGCACGUGUACGACGGAGAGAGAAGGAAAAAUCACCAGAACAAUUUAAUCGACUAGUGCGGACACUUCCUGCAUUGAGCGAAAGCUUCCUAAAGCCUGCAUCAGGUGUCAUAAAUGCUACUGUUCCCCUUGGUAUACCCAGAGCAAAUCACUCUGAGUCACAGGCAGCUGAGAAAGGAAAAGAGGCUUUGGACUAUGAAACAGGCGAUAAGAAAGAAGAGAACAGUGGCACAGACGAGAGUUCAACUGAGGAUGAUUCAGAUGAAAAUGAGGGUAGAACCCUUGGGGACACCACAGAUGUCUUGAAUAUGACCCAUGUGAUGAGACUGAAUCCCAGCGAUCAAACACUAGAGUUAACACCAAUUCAAAAAGAAAAGAAGAAAAAUAAAAAUGCUAAAGUGAACAUGGAUGGUAAGGGUGGGUUGGAAAAAUCUGAUCUCUCCCAGGUUCAGAAAGGAUUGAACUCAGAGGAAACAUCUUCUAAAGAGGAACCUACACAUUCAGAGUGUUUAGGGGAGGAACACACCACAGAAAAAAGCCCUUAUGAUGCUUUUGUGAGGAAAAUUAAGGCUGGCAAAAAUUAUACAAAAAGUAAAUCUGAGCAGUCCAUUGCUGUUAGUGCAAUGAAAUUUGACACUCAGCAGACUGUUAUAAAAGAAUUUAAAGGAACGAAAAGGAAAGACGUGGAUGAAACAAAUUCCAGAUUAAUGCAACAAGAAAUUCCUCUUAGUCUUCAUAGAGAUGAUAGGAUGGCUACGUUAUUUGUGGAUCAUCAGGAAGAUAAAGCCAAGGUUAAAGUAAUGAAACCUGACAAAUUUGGGACUAUAUAUGUAGAAUCUAAAGAAAGCAACAAACAACAGAGUGAGUUGAAACACAAAGAAAAAAUAAUGAAACAAAUAGCAGUAACUGUGUCAUCCUCAUCAAGUGAGGAAACAAGCAAUGGAUCAGCAAAAUAUGUUCUUCAGAUAAAUCAGUAUAAGUAUGAAAACAUGUCAAAGAGAGAAAUGGAAGUAGAAAACAGAAAUAUUAGGCAGGAUGAAAAGCAGUAUGCCUAUAAAAAGAGGGAACACUUUGAAGAUACCAGUGAGCAAGAAGAGAUUGAUAAGAGAAUGAACAUAGAGGAGCAACCAGAUAAGGAUGUUCACACACAAGAUCAUAUGGAAAAUAAGGAAGGCAAUGAAAAAAGUGAUAUGGUUGUGGAAGAGGCCGAAGAUGAGGAUCAAGAUGAAAAAGUUGACAGUGAAGUAGAGUCUGAAGGAGAUGGAGGUGAAAAUGUAAUUUGUGAGCAACAUAAGGAAGAUGCCAUUGUAGCCAUGGACAGAGAUGAAGAAGAUGAAUUGCAGUCUGAUGCAGAAAACAGGGCUAAGCUCGAAGAUGGACUAGAAGAGAAUCAUCAAGUAAGAAGCCCCGAAGAAAAAGAUGAUACAGAUGCUGAACAGGAAGAAGAUGAAGAAGCUUUAGAAGAGGUUGAAAAGGAAGGAAAAUCUGAAAAUGUACCAGAGGGUACAUUUGUAGAUGACAUAAUAGAGGAGGACCAAGAGAAGCAUGAUUGGGAGAAAGAGCAAGCAAGGAAGAUGACCAAGGUGAAUGAGGAGGAAAAAGAAGAAAGUUAUGAAGGAUCAAAAGAUGGGAAAGAAGAAGGGAGUGAAGGAAAGGGAGAUGGGAAGGAACAAAAGGCUGAAGAAAAGGAAGAUGAGGAGGAAGAUGAGGAAGGGGAAGAAGAAGAGGGAGAAGGUCUGGAGGAGGAAGAAAACAUGGAGGAAGAAGGGAUAGAGGAAGAGGAGGAUGAAGAGGAAGAUGAAACUGAGGAGGAGGCAGAAAGUGAAGAAGAAGGAGUAGAGGAAGAGGAGGAGGAAGAGGGAGGGAUUAUAGAAGAGGAGGAAGAGGAGGAGGUUGAAGUAGAAGAGGAAAAAGAAGAAGGAGGAGGAGUGGAGGAAGAGGAGGAAGAUGAAGAGGAGCAGAAACAUGUGGAAGAAGAGGAGGAGGAGGGAGAAGAGGAGGAGGAGGAGGAAGUAGCAGAAGAGGAAGAGGAAGAAGGAAAGGAAGAAGAAGGAAAAGAAGAAGAAAAUGAAGAAGAAAUGGAAAAUAAAUCAGUUGAAGAGAGUGAAAGAGGGGAGGAGGAGGAGGAAGAGGAAGAAGAGGUCAAAAAGAAAGAUCGUCAAGAGGAAGAAGAAGAAGAGCAGGAAGAGGAAGAGGAAGAAAAAGUAGGUAGGAAAACAAAAGGUCACAAACAACAAGAAAGUAAUAAAAGCAGAAAGCUGGAGACAAACAGUAAAAUAAAAAUUCCUAAACAAAAAGUAACAUCAAAACAGCAUGCAGUGAAUGGACUGCAAAAUUCGCAACAGUUUUGGAACAAUGUUCUCCCACAUUAUUUGACACUAAAAUAACCCUGGAGGUGGAUUUCUCACAGCUAUUUCCAUUGUACUGUGCCAAAUGUUAAUUCUAUCUUUUUUUAGUAAAAUAAAUGCUGAAAGCUUUUAUAAAACUACCUCAAUGUUCACGUUUUAAAGAGCACUUUAAAAAUAAUAAUGCAAAUGUCAAAAUCUGCCAUUAAGUCAGGUACAGUAUUUGCAACUGUCUCAUGACUCUAGCCAGGGACUUGCCUGUGUUGAGUGUACAUUUUUUUCUGUUGGGUUAGACUGACUUGUGCCGCAUCCAAAAAAGUGCCCUCUGUUCAUCAGUAUACCAUAUUUCUAUGCUGCUGUUGAGGACUUUGUAUGUUUCUUCUAUUUGCUUUAUAAUAUUUACAACAGUAAGAACAAUCCCAAAAAGUAGGUCAGUAGCAUUAUUCCCAUAUUAUUGACAGGCAGAGGAAAAGGUGAAGUAAUACACCUAAGGCUAUGUAUCUGUUGAGUUCAUUUGAGACAUUAUGAUUUGAAGUCAGGUCUCUGAGCACUUUAAGAUCGUUGACUGUAAUUCAUUUUAACAUGUGCUCAGAGCUGUCCAUAACUCUCUAGAAAUCUGCACUUUUUAUUCAGAGGUUUCCCUACAGAGUGGGCUGUUUCCAUUUGCUGAAGACUUCUGAUCCACUGACACAUUUCUUCUGAUAGAGUGAAAAGAAGGCUAUCUUUGCUGAGCCCCUGCUUGCCUUGCCCCCUGCUUCCUCUGGAAAAGGAUUAGAUACUGGUGAGACUGGGGGUUGCAGAGGGUCUCAUUGGCAGAGAAAACUUGAAUCAAAUCCUCUAAAAGCACUAUGCCCACAUGUAGCUUCUCUAGUCCAGACCUGCACUUUCAAUAUUCAGGGUACAUUUGGGAACUGUGGAGAAUACCACAUGGUUGUAUAUAGAUGAACUCUCUGGCUGCAGUUGUUCAGCUGUUACAUGUAGUAAUGGAAUAGGGAAUAUGACAGGAUAGGGGAUUGGAAACACUUUUGGAGCCAGUGGCUCUUUCUAGUGUGCCCUGUUUGCCUGGAAGUAUUGGCUUAUUAGUAUUGACAGUCACUGGUAUAAACAUGCCUUAAAAUGGCUUCCUUUUCUAAUAAGACUUUCUCUCCCAAUUCAGUGCACAUACUGAUGAAGGCAAAAAUCUUGAUACAGUUUAGACAAGCAAGUUCAUGAAUGAUGUAUACAAGGAUGGUUUUUAUUGUCAUUGUUUCCAAACAUUUCCAUACACACAGUAAAGGCAGUGUAAUGUAUAUGAUGUGCCUUAUGAAAUCAUAAUAAAUAUUAAGGUGCAUCUUUCA